CACCGAUUUCGACGCCUGGCUUGCGCAACAGACGACUCCUCGAUACCUGCUCUCGCUCGCGGUCUGCCACAAGCAUACUCACCCCCUGGCUCUUUGCGUACAAUUUCUGCCAUGGACGCUGUACCUAUUACGAAAAAGCUCAUUGCUUUCGGCAGCAACAAGAUCUAUCUGCCUAAGUUCACAGUAGCGCUCCUGCGAACACCGACACUCUCUCCCUACCACGCGCGAUUCCAAGUCCCACUCGAUUUCUCCAAAUACGACCUCCGCGACUACCUCUACCAUGCCUACAACGUAAAAUGCUUCAACGUCCGAUCAUAUGUCAAGCAGAUGCCCGUGCGAGACACACGAGAACAGCCACGACAUUGGUUCCGUCCUGAGUCGAAGAAGUACAUGACGGUCGAGAUGGAGCUGCCGUUUGUCUGGCCCGAAACGCCUAACCUGGAGCCCUGGGGGAAGAAUGCAAAGCAACAGGAGGUGAAGGAUUCAAUCAGCGCGAACAAUCCUGAUAGCAAGGAAGAGGUCAGGAAGUCUGCCAGAGUCCUGAAGGAGCAGGUUGGUACGCUACUGGGAAAGAGGGAGGCGAAGAACCUAUCGACCACGGGGGGUCGACAGGCGGAACUUACUGAGAGCGAACGACUCGAGGAAAAGGAGAGACAGAGGUUGAAGACAAAAUCGCCGUUAGAGGUGUGGGAACAGAAAAGAUCGGGGAAGGUGGUGCGCAGCGAGGAAGCUGAACGGUUCACGAUCAAGGCAUAGCGUCAUUCGGAGAUGCCAUGUAUGUUUGAUUGUAUUAUAUGUAUAAGGGUAGAACAAGGAUUCGUCUGCGGCUCUUGUAAACCAGACACUUCACCACCCACUUAUAUAAAGGUGUUGCGGGAAUGAUUUAUGAACAAUGACCUGCAUGGACGAAAAGCACGGCGAACUGCCAGUUUUCAAUACAUGUAAUGAUGAUUUCAUAUUUGUUCUAAUUUACAAUUGACUCUAUGGUCGGC